UCUCGCAUUUACUUCAAACUCACCUUGUUAAUCUCAUCGCCAAAUCUAUCCUCAAUCUCCAUCCGCGCUUUCAUCUUCUUCCUCAUCUUUGGCGUCUCAUUCUUGGCUUCUUCUCUUCUUUCUGAUGCAAGCCCCCAAAAAAUCCAUUUCCGCUUUCCAAAUCUCUACCCUGAAGGCCUUGCUUGGGACCCUCUGACCCAGCAAUUCUUCCUAGGAUCGCUCCGUCAGCGGACCAUCGUCGCCGUCACUGACGCCGGCACUGCCGAAACCUUCAUCUUCGACUCAUCCCUCCCCGAAAACGUCUCCUUCGUGGGUCUUUCGGUGGAUUCCAUCAACAGACGCCUCCUCGCCGUCGUCCACGCCGCCAACCCUCUCCCUCCAUUCAAUGCCCUCGCAGCCUACGACCUACGUUCUCGGCAACGGCUCUUCCUCUCCGUCCUCCCCACAGCAGACUCCGACGACGGCGAGUCCAACCGUGCGAUCGCAAACGAUGUCGCGGUGGAUGACGAGGGAGACGCCUAUGUCACCAACUCUGCUGGGAACUACAUAUGGAAAGUGAACGACGAAGGAGAGGCGUCGAUAUUCUCUAGGUCUCCACAAUACGCCGCCCAUCCCGUGGACCGCCACACAUCGUAUAGUUCCUGCGGCCUGAACGGCAUUGCUUACGUCGGCAAGGGGUAUUUGUUGGUGGUGCAAUCCAAUACGGGCAAGAUGUUCAAGGUUGAUGCAAACGACGGGACGGCGAGGCUGGUGCAACUAAACGAGGACUUGAUGGGAGCAGACGACAUCGCAUUGCGAAGUGACGGCGUCGUUUUGGUGGUGUCACCUGUGAAUAAGCUGUGGUAUUUGAAGAGUGAAGACAACUGGACAGAGGGAGCGGUGUUUGACAAAAUUAACCUUGAUUUAAAAAGAUUUCCUACCUCAGUGGUUGUGGGGGAAGGGAAUAGGGCGUACGUGGGAUACGGGUAUGUGGACGAGGGUAUCAUAGGAAAUUCAAGCAGGCAGAGUUUCAGCGUAGAAGAAGUGAGAUCAGAGAAGAGUGAAAGUAAUCAUACUUGGAGGAUGCUUGCUUUGAUUGGGGUGGGAUUGGCUUGUUCGUAUAUUACUUUAUUUGGAGGCUUCAGAAGCCGUGGCUUAUUUAAUAAAAGGGAAAAGGUCCAUUAAGGUAGGCUAUUGAAAAUCAACCUACAUUU